AUGAUUCGUUAUGCGAUUUUCAUAUGGUCUUUGCUUAUUCUAACAACUGUUGCGAAACAAAAUGUCGAUUUUAAUAUCUAUGGUUCAACGGCCGAUGGAUGGGAGUUUGUUAGAGACUUUUUGAAAGAAAACUUUAAAGAACGACGAGAUUUUGGUGCAUCCGUAGCAAUUUAUCAUCAAGAAAAAUUGGUUGUUGAUUUAUGGGGUGGAUGGUUCGAUCGAUCACGAAUAAAACCUUAUGAUAAUAAUACAUUACAAUUAGUAUUUUCAACAUCGAAAGGUUUAGUAGCUGUAGCUGCUGCACUUUGUGUUCAACGAGGUCUACUUGAUUAUUCAGAAUUAGUAACAAAAUAUUGGCCAGAAUAUGGAUACAAUGGCAAAGAAAAUACAACUGUAGCUGAUAUUCUUUCACAUCGUGCAGGACUACCUUUCGAUAAUUCAUCAUUUGAACAAUAUUUUAAUUGGACAGCAAUGAUAUAUACAUUAGAACAACAAAAACCAGUAUGGCCACCUGGUACAAAGCAUGGUUAUCAUGCAUUGACAUACGGUUGGUUAGCUGGUGAACUUGUUCGACGUGUUGAUCCCAUGAAUAGAACUUUAGGAGAAUUUAUUCGUGAUGAAAUUGCAAAUCCAUUAAAUAUAGAAUUUUAUAUUGGUUUGCCAUCUCAACAAGAAUAUCGAGUGUCACCAUUAGAUUUCAAAUCGUAUGAAAACGGAACAUUAAAUCAAACAUUACCUGAUUCCUAUGAAGCAUUCAAUAAUAAGAGCACACAUCAAGCAGAAAUUCCGGCUGCUAAUGGAAUAACUAAUGCUCGAUCUAUAGCAAGAGUCUAUGCAUCUUUAAUGAGUGAUUUAGACAAUCACAAAUACAAACGAUUAUUAAAUGAACAAAUCUUACAACAGGCAACUAAAUCGAAUACACCUGAACACGAAAUUGAUUUUGUAAUAAAAUUUCCAACUAAAUUUAGUAUGGGUUUUAUACUUAUGGAUGACAUUUUUCCAGCAUUCGGACCUGGAGUAUUUGGUCAUAAUGGUUAA